GGCGCGCUCCCGCGAGCCGCUCGCGGCAGGCGUCGGAAAGGGAGGCGCCAAAUAGGAAGAAUAUUCAACUCUGCUGAGAGUGUGAAUGAAAACAAACCAUGACAACCGUGCUCGGUACUCCAGCGUUCAUCUAAUGAAGCCGUGACUCAGCUAUUCCUCCUCCUGACGGACGGAACAUAUCGUUUCCUGCGUGGGACAAAGUUCGGUGACAUGGAUACAAACAGUGUGAGCAUAUGGCCACGCAUGGAGCCCUUCUUAUUGGGUGCUUUGCAGGUGGCUCCCACCACCAAGCUUAGCCUGCAUUACCUCCGGAAGAUGGCAGUCUAUGUGCAAACACGGGAAGGCUGCUUUCCUGUCCUAGGCUGGUCCAUGUGGAGACACAUCGCCUGUGGAAAGCUGCAGCUUCCAGAAGACCUGGCAUGGCUAUACUUUGAGACAUUUGACCUCCUUCUAGGUCACACCCCAGAAGAGAGGCUGGGGCGGGCUGAGUGCUUGUCCCAGUGCUCCUCCAAAAGUGAGUUGGACCAGGAACGAAAUAAGUUGUCAGUGGACACUCUACAGUUCCUCCUCUUCCUCUACAUCCAGCAGCUCAACCGAGUGUCUCUGCGGACGUCUCUGAUUGGUGAAGAAUGGCCCAGCCAUCGUACUCGCUCCCCUUCUCCAUCAGAGCGAGAGACCAAGGCCAACUCUCAGAACAAGAACUGGGAUGAUCAGGCCCAUCUGUCAUUCGUGCAAAGCCACCUGACAGAUAUUUUGGAGCUACUGGUGGAGCCGGGGCAGUUAUCUCAGUCGGGGCAGGUCCAAAGAGGCUGCCAGAUAUCCCUGGAAGCCGUGCAGAGUUUAGGCCUCCUCCUGGAGGGCUCGGUUGGCUGUGGAAAAGGUGUCCAGCCUGUCCACAGGCUGCUGACCAAAGGUCCGCUCCAAACACAGUCUGGCUACUCCAUACUGAGCCGCUCCUUCCCUCUACACAAACUCCUCUUGUGUCUCCAACAAAACAUCACCCUCAACCCCUUUGGGAUGACCGCCUGCCUCCGCUCAGGGAAGAAAUUAGCCUGGGCCCAACAAGUGGAAGGGGCCAUGAAGAGAGCCAAGAUAGCCCGGAACACCCACACGGCCCCACCUGGCAGUAAGAUAGUGCUGAUGUCCCAGGUCAUCAAACAAACUCUGGCUAAAACAUCUGACAAGCUGACCGGUGCCAACAUCAAGAUUCACAGAUGUUCUGAUGCUUUCAUAUAUCUUCUAUCUCCUCUCAGAUCGGUCAGCGUGGAUAAAUGCCGUGACAGCACAGUGGUUCUGGGUCCUGUCCAGACCAGCGUCCACAUCCACAGCUGUCAGAAUGUUCGAGUGGUGUGUGUCACCAACAGGGUGGUGAUCGGAGCCUCCUCAAGGUGCAUCAUCCAUGCCCUGACCCCCACUUCCCCGCUACUUCUGCCCGGAAACUCAGACAUAACCCUGGGUCCUUUCCACACGUUCUACCCCUCCCUGGAGGAUCACAUGGCCAGUGUGGGUCUUGCUGUGGUCCCCAACGUCUGGGAUCAGCCCUUGAUUCUGGGAACCGAGGGCCUCGCCAGCCCCCCACUCAGCUCAUCAUCUAGCUCAGACACCACCUGCUACCGCCUGCUGCCCCCGUCCGAGUUUCACACACUGGCUGUGCCUUUCCAGAUGGAGGGUGACACAUGUGAAGUGCCCGGCGGUCUGCCACCUGCCUACCAGGCAGCACUGAAGGAAAAGCAGAAGAGGGUGCAGAACUGGCAGAAAACUGUGAUGGAGGCCCGGCUGAACAAAGAACAGAAGCGACAGUUUCAGAAGUUGGUGGAAUUAAAGUUCCAUGAGUGGCUCUUGGAAACCGGCCACCGACAGGAACUCGACAGCCUGAUUCCACCCACAGUGACCUCUCUGAUGGACUCGGAUGGAGCAGCAACAAACCCCAGUCGGGUUAAAGAUACCAGACCUGCUAGGCCAGGAGGAGGGGAGGAACAGCCGAGUCCUGAUUGUUGACCUUCUGAGUCACUCUUCUGUGGAGGCAUUUUUCUGACCUGAUCCAACUCAUCGUAUAAGCCGUAUGCUGACUGUAACGGGUUCCAGUUCAGGCUGAUUCAGGUGUGACCUGUUAGACAGCUUAGGUUUAGAAAAGGCAGCUAAGUCCUUAACAAGAAAGGACAGGUAGGGGUGAAUUGGCAUGUUGUAGAACAACAUAGCAAGGCGUGCUGUUUUUAAAUCAGCACUUGACAAAAUAUAUUGUGGAGCACAUAAAAUGAUUUAAAUGGGCAUUUAGAAAGAAACUACAUCAGUUAAGAUCGAAGGAAUGUUUUUAUUGGGUUAAAAAUAUAACAAAAACAUCCAUGAGUGUCUGACCCUUUUUAGACAACUGGAACCAGUUGGGUUGGCCUAGAAAAACUGGGUCAGCAUUAGAAUCUUCUAAGAAUCAGUUUAGUUUCCUUUACCGCCACAAGGCUUUGUCAUUAUUUUCCCUAUUAGCAUCUUUGCUUUCUUAGUUUCAACUUUUCCCAAGUUUGUUCUGAAUUUUUGUAGGUGACCACAGUGCAGCGGGUCUUUUUCAACGUGUCCACACCCAAGGUUCACAAACUGGUUCAAGCACCACUAGUUCUAGGGCUGUCUUCAGUGGUUCUUCACAAGCUAAAUAUGAAGCUUAUUAACUGUGAAAGGUUGAACUGAGGUUGACCCAAAGCAGACUUCUUAGAGCACAUCACUUCACACAGAAAAUGAAGAGAGGUACAGUGCUGAAUGUUCUGAGAGCCACCAAUAGAAACUAAAGAGGGCUCUAUUUAAAAAAAAAAAAAGACAAAUUUUGGACUUGUCUUCAAAUGUUUAUUCCAACUUUGGGUGACUGUUUACAGUUGCAACUUUGACUUUAAAAAUUCUGACUUUUUUUAAUUACAUAUUCAGUGUAAAGUCGGACCACAUCCAAACAUGCAAUGCCAGUGGAUACAAUCUGUUUAUUUUUAGUUUUUAUUAUUUAAUUAUUUCUGUUAUAUUUCAAUGCUACUCCGGCUCGGUGUAUGAGUUGGUCUGCUUCGUCCCGCCGACAAAGAAGCAGCAGAGUCAGUGCUGAUCCAUAGCCAGCUGAGAUGCAGUAAGGUGAAUAAAUGAAC